AUGCCUGCUCUGCAGCGCACCGGACACGCGUGUCUCUUCCGCCGCCUCGAUACAGGCGCGGUCAGCCUCACCACCAUGUUCCGCGCUGCCUUCCCGAACACGAGUGACGACACGAAGAAGCUCGCAGCGAACUGGGUGCGCACCUCCUUCGACCUCGGCGGCACGAACAAGGGUGACCGCUCGUGCUUCGCCGGGACGUGGCUCGUCGAUGACUACAAUGUCUACGAUGCCAUCCCCGUCCUUGCCAGGGCCGAGCCGGACCCGACCGUCGUCUACCGCCGCUCUACGCGCGCGCAGCAGCCCACGCGCGAGCAGUCUCCCGCCGCAGACAAGGAGCCCAGCCGUGCACCCGCCACUCGCAAGACCACUGCGAUGCCUGCGGCCGCCAAGGAGGAGCUGUCCUACGAAGUCACCGAGGCGCUCAUCGCGCGCCGCAAGGCGGGUCGCGAAGAGGAGCGUGUGCGGUGCGCCGCCGAGCCGGAGGAGGAAGAUGAAGAAGAGUUAGAGCCCGAGUCUGGCGCGGAGCAACAGAAGAACGCAAGUCCCCUUGCUUGGGGUGCCCUCGCGUUCGCCGUGGGGUGGGGAACUAGAUUCUGGGAGUGCACCGGGCACCAGGCUACACCGAACAAUGCGAUAUAUGACUGCUACUGUGGCAGUGAGCUCAAUCCCUACGAUCUCAGGGAAAAAUGUGACGGCGAACUUUCGGACACACUCUGUUAUCCCAUCACCAAACACGUCGUCAACUACCUCAACAACCCAGACACUCGCGCAUUGCUUGGUACUGAUCCGACCCCAGAGAACUACACCGCCGCCGACUGGGAGUUGAACAGUCGUUUCACGUCACACCUCGACCAGAUGUUUCCAACUCAAUACUAUCUUGAGGCGCUCCUCGAGCGGGGCGUUCGUGUUCUCAUCUAUGUCGGGGUGUAUGACCUGUUCUGCAAUUGGGUUGGAAACGAGCGCAUGACACUGAACAUGCAGUGGACCGGUCAAGCGGAGUUCGCUGCGCAGCCUCUGCGUGAAUGGAAGGUGGACGGGACCGUCGCGGGGCUUACCAGGAGCGCCGGCCCGCUGACGUUCGUCACAGUAUACGGUGCGGGGCAUAUGGUUCCUCAUGACAUGCCGAAAGAAUCGCUCGAGCUCGUCAAUCGUUGGAUAGCCCGAGAUCCGUUGUAA